UCUGCCGACCCGGUCUCAUCACCGGCAGACGGGACAGCACAGAGCACACCGCGGCAACAAGGGCUCACCGAGAGGCACCAUGGAGCUCAUCUGCCAUCUGCAGCUACCAAACAGGAAGUGUCUCCUUCCGUGAUCGAUGGUCAGCAUGGAGCUGAGAUAGCCCCCACCUGUUUCUGGAUCUGGCGUAACCAUGGGAACAUGGCGUGGUCUGCGUGUGGCGUUCAUUAUUGGGUCUUUGUUUAUGAUUCUGUUGAUUAUUGUCUAUUGGGAUGAUGUACGGGGGUUCAGCCUCUACCCCCUGCAAGACCCCAAACAUGAGCCACUUGACUUGGCCCUGAUCCCUCAGACAACUCCGGUGCCCUCAUGCUCCAUCUCUGCCAGCACGGUCCGGCCCAGCCCCCUCCUCUCCCUCCCCACCACCAGAUCCAGCACUCCUCCUCACCCCUCUGAGCAGGAGGAGGGGAGAGCGGCCGUGAAACGGAUCGAUGAAGAGAUGGCAGUGACAAAAGGAGAGAGGAAACUGGAAGAUGAGGAGGAAGAGGAGAGGGAGAAGAAACGUGUUGACAACAGUCACCAGGAAGAGAGAAAGCAGAGACUUGCGGAUGUGUGUGCAGGAAAAGGGUCACUGGAAUUCCCAGGAAAGACUCGGGCAUUUGACCAGAUUCCCAAUAGAGAGUUGGAUCAUCUGAUAGUGGAUGACACACACCAGAUUAUCUACUGCUAUGUUCCCAAGGUAGCGUGUACAAACUGGAAGAGAGUGAUGGUUGUUCUGUCUCAGUCUCUGGUCUCCCCCUCCUCAGGAAAACCUUACACUGACCCAGAGGCUGUACCUCCUGACCUCGUACACAACUCCUCUAUCCACCUCACCUUUGCCAAGUUCUGGCGUCAUUAUGGUUCACUAUCCCGCCACCUGAUGGCACUCAAGCUGCAGCAUUACACUAAGUUCUUAUUUGUACGGGAUCCUUUUGUACGCCUCAUCUCUGCCUUCAGGAACAAGUUUGGAAAGCCCAAUGAGGACUUCUACCGGCAGUUUGGUUCGGUCAUGCUGAGUCGUUAUGGGAAUGUGUCUGGAGGCGUGCCAAAGACAGCGGCGGAGGCAUUUGCAGCAGGAAUCAAACCGACCUUUCAGCAGUUUAUCACAUACCUGCUGGACCCGCAGACUGAGAGGGAGACCGCCUUCAAUGAACACUGGCGGCAGGUCUACCGCCUGUGCCAUCCAUGCCAGAUCCAGUAUGACUUCAUUGGCCGACUGGAAACACUGGAAACAGACUCAGAGCAGCUCCUGAGGAUUCUGGGAGUUGAUCACCUGAUUCGCUUUCCUACUGGGGCCCGCAACCGCACUGCUGCCAGCUGGGAAAGGGAUUGGUUUGCACAGAUUCCUAUGGACAUGAGGAGGAAACUAUACAAGCUAUACGAGCCUGACUUUGAGCUGUUUGGAUAUCCCAAACCUGACAGCGUGCUCCACCGGUAGACCACAUAGUGCCAGAGUCCUGGGUACUGCACUGUUGUGCAGCACCCAUCCCACACCUCAUGUACCUGCACACCGCCAGCAAUGCCUCUUAAAGACUAGUCCAUCAUGCUGUUUAUCUCCUUAGUUGUUUCAUACGUGAAAUGACUUAAGUGCCUGCUAGAAUUAUUUUAUGCUGUUCACCCCUGCCUCAGUUUGUCAUUUGUUCCAGCCAAAUUCUCAUUUUUGAUGGACACUCGCUCGCUAAUUUAUUUCAUCCUUUUCUCCAUGUGAAGACACUUUGAAUUGUAUUUUGAUAAGUGAUGG